GAUGGAGCUUAGUUUUGUGACGAGCCCUUUUAAGUUAAGCAGACACUUGAGUCGAACGAUUUAUGGACGACACAGAAAGUGCAGGAAGUAUUGUGUUGUCGUUGCGAGUUGUAGAAAACGUCGGCAGGAAAACGUUGCCGGGAAUAUUUAUGUGGACACUAGUUGCAUCGACUGUGAUACUUGUCGUUGGUUGGCUCCUAAUAUCUUUUCAAGGAAGGAUGGUCAAAGCUAUGUGCAUAAACAACCCGAGUCAACUCAAGAAGAGGAAGCAGCUUUUAAAGCUUUGGUGUCCUGUCCUACUGGAAGCAUAAGACUCGAAAGGCCUUGUAAACUUGUGAAGCAAACACAAGAUUCUUUUCCUUAUCCAGUUCAUGCAGAUUUACCCAACAUUUUCUAUAUGGGAUUUGCCUCUGCAAAGUCCUUUGGUGCCCAUUCAUAUCUUUGGCUGAGUUCUGCAGACUCUCCAACUUUUUCUUUUCCCAAUUCUAUUUUGGUAGACUCUCCAAGGUUCUUUACACCGUUGGCCAAAAAUGUCCAAAAUCGUAUUGCUCCAGGAAACUGUGUUGACUGGAUGUUCCUUACUCACCGAGACGAUGUUGCCGAUCAUGAAAAGUGGUCUUCUUACUUGAAAGCACGUAGAAUAAUUCAUUAUGCAGAUGCUGUUGGUUCUCUUCAGUCAGUAGAAUGGAUUCUGGAGGGUGAUGGUCCUUGGUAUUUAUCGGAGGAUCUUAAACUAGUCCAUGUUCCUGGACACACAAGAGGGUCAACUGUAUUAAUAGAUAAACGAAAUGGAGUUGCUUUUACUGGAGAUCAUUUAGCGUUUGAUAUGGAGAUUGGUGAACUUUGUGCUUUUCCUGAAGUAUGUUGGUAUAGUUGGAAAGAACAAAGGUCAAGUGUAGAGAAACUAAUGGAUGAACCGUUUGAGUGGAUUCUUCCAGGUCAUGGCAGGCCUUUUCACUUUCACAAUGAGAAGGAGCGUAAAGAAUUAUUAGGAAGAAUUGCCAAGGGAGGAGUUUAGGUUGUAUUUGGGCUUACAAGGAUGCAUAUAGAGUUUUAAUAAAAAUGAAUCAACCUUA